UGCCAUUUCUCAAAUGAUACCGCCUCUCAAAUCUCAUCUUUUUUCAAAAGGAUCCUUCAUCGUCGAUUCGUUGCUCCCGGAGGUUUCGCCUCUUCCUCCUGCAGUCUACAACCGCACUUUCGAAAUCAUUCUUCCCGUCGGAAUUUCGCAGAAUGGGUGAAAAGCCAGAAGCCGUGCCCCAUGAGCCGCCGACACCAAAAAUAUGCAACACACCUCCAGAACACUCUCGCAAUACCGAGACGAGCACUGAGAGAAUGGCCACCCACAGCAGCAUCGAGAGAAGCGCAUCGCAACCAAGUAGAAUAAUUGAUACGCCGCCAGAUGGAGGCGCUAGAGCGUGGAUGGUAGUCUUCAGCACGUUUUUAGUUGUUAUGAACACCUGGGGGGUUGCAAACUCCUUUGGAGUCUUCCAGCCAUACUUCACCAGUGUCUUUUCGCGGCCACAGUCUGAUGUCUCAUGGAUCGGUUCGUUUGAAGUAUUUCUGCUCUUUUUCGUAGGAACAUUCACAGGACGAUGGACAGAUAUGGGAUUUUUCCGUCCCUUGUUUAUUGCCGGCUUCUUCCUUGUCAUUUUGGGAAUGGUUGCUGCCUCGUUUUGUACUACGUACUGGCAGUUUUUCCUUGCCCAGGGUAUCUGCCUCGGGCUCGGAAAUGGUUGUCUGUUCUGUCCCUGCAUGGCAGUGACCUCUACGUACUUUGCAAAACGUCGCUCAUUAGCGUUUGGCCUCACAGCUGCCGGGGCUGUUGUCGGAGGUCUUACUAUACCAAGCAUGGUUCGACAGCUUUUGCCUAAGAUUGGGCUUGGCUGGACUAUUAGAGCAAUUGCCUUAAUUCAGGUCGUGACCUUGAUUGUUGCUGGCCUACUGAUCAAGACUAGGAUUCCACCACGGCAGGCAGCACCUCUGGUAGAGUGGGCAGCCUUCCAAGAAUCAGAGUAUAGUUUCUAUGCUAUUGGGGCGUUCAUGUGCUUCUGGGGAACCUACUUUGCCUUUCACUUUCUUGCGGCCUUCUCCCGGGACAUCUUGGGACUAUCUUACACAGACUCACUUGACCUGCUGUUGGUUCUCAAUGGUGUGGGUGCACUCGGAAGAAUCAUUCCUGCCCAAAUUGGGGACGUUAUUGGCACUAUUAACAUUUUUGCCCCAAUGGCGUUCAUGACCGGGACCGUCAUGUUUUGUUGGAUUGGCGUGCAAAACACAACUGGGCUCUAUGUCUGGACGGUUUUCUAUGGCUUUGCUGUUGGUGGAGUCCAGUCUCUAUUUCCAUCCGUGCUUAGUAGUUUGACUACGGACCCUCAAAAGCAGGGUACGAGGAUGGGUAUGGUCUUCACGGUGGUCAGCUUCGCAUCCCUCACUGGAUCGCCGAUUGCAGGAGCCAUUAUCGAUGCGAUGGGGGGGAGAUAUGUUGGCGCGCAAGCGUUUGCCGGUUGUUGCAUGAUUUUGGGAAUGGCAUUCGUUCUUUCUGCACGGAUUUGCAAAACGCGGAAGAUGGGAGCGGGGACAUUCGCCUUCAUCAAAGUUUGAUAUGACCUCUGCGAGAUCCUCAUCGAGUACUUGCAUGGUGUCUAAACGGUCAUAACACUACGGGAACACGGCAAUCGCAGACUACUUGGAAUUUAGUGGUAGAAUUCCAUGCGAUUCAUACAUGCACAGGUUAAGUCAAACCCCCCACUUCCCGGCACCCCC